UAUUACGAUGAUGAGGGUCAUGGCUUCAGCGUUGCUCAUACUCUUGGCUCUCCUUAUGAGUGGUGCAGUGGAGUCGUUAGAGAGUAGCAAAUUGUGCAAAGCGUGCUCAAAAUGCACAGAGAAGAAGUGCCCUAUAAGUGACUCGUAUCCUCAUAUGACAGCCUUUGAUGGGUCUCUCAUUGCAGGGGCUUUUCAGUCUGAUUAUGUCAGUCCAAAUGACCCGGGAGUUUAUGCUGUUCCCGACGUCAAGGGAGGUGAAGGAAAACUCAACGCCUACUAUGGUUGGAAACCCGUAUCAGGCUCUGCAUCUGGUUAUCACAGGUUUGAGAAUUAUAUGGAUAAAUGCUCUAAUAAUCGCCUUUUAAUGGCAAUUAAAGACUCGAAGGUGGGCAUAAAUAAAGCGACAAAAGAAAAUCUGGCUAGUGCGGAGUGGAAGAGAAUCAAUGCUCCUAAAAAUGAAAACCAUAAAGGAUUCAGUUUUUGGCAGUCACGAAAUACAGGGUUAUGUUUGACCGUAGGGAAAGGGAAGGGGCCAAAGAGGCCCAUGGUGAUGGAAAAGUGCAAGUUAGAUGGAUCGGUUACUCGCCAACUUUUUGCAUUUCGCUUCCAUUAUAGAAAUGCCUUUUGUUGUUGUAAUCUUCAUAACAAGGUUAAAAAUUAAUCAUUAAAAUAGAUUAAAAUCUAUCAAGAAUAAA